UCGGCCCGCCCCGCCUCUUUUCUGACAGACUCAGCCUUCCCUUCUAUGCCUCAGGUGCUGCUCUGUGUUCUCACUGCGGUUGAGAGUCACGUGAUUGAUCCCUCCGCCAAUCGCCGGAGGCGGGCUUAUGUGCGGGAUACUCCCAGGUGCAGCGCUCGGACUCCAGCGCUCGUUACGCGGCUCAGGUGCGGCCUCGGUAGCGGGGCGGAUUUUCCACGGGCAAAGUGAGAGAAGAAACGUGUGAAAGAUCUGCCCCCCCCCCAGUAAACGGACCUGCGUGAAGGAGGGGAGUGGCAUACGUACCACAGAGAACUGUGGGGAGCGCAACACCCCCCCCCCCUUUUAGGAUUGAACUUGACCUGGAUCUAUAGACUUCGGCUGCAGAAGGGAGAUACCAAGUGUUGUGACGGGGGAGAACGCAUUGUCUACCUGUGUCCCCUCUGAGUGGGAGUUGGGGUGGUGUGUCCCCUCUGAGUGGGAGUUGGGGUGGUGUGUCCCCUCUGAGUGGGAGUUGGGGUGGUGUGUGCGCACCUGAGUGGGAGGUUAGUGUGGUGGGCGUGUCUGUGGCAGUGUGAGUGCUGAGUGGCUGUGAUUGCAUUGUGGGUAUGUGAGUGCUUGUUGUUAGUGAGUGGGCAGGGUGAGUGGGGUGUAUGUGUGGGUGCCACAGUGCCUAGUGGUUGGUCAGGGCCCUGUAGUUGUUGACAUACAGGUCUGUGGCCCUUGCUGGCUGUGAGUGGCCCCCAGUCAGGGUGCAUUGGAGCUGACAGUUGGUGUGGGUGCUGAGUGGGUGUUUGGCAGGGCUCAGGGCUGUGCAUCUCAUUGCUGUAGGUCUGUGUCACCCUGCAGGCCGUGGGUGUGACUGAGUGGGUGUAGUGGGAGUGUAACUGCUGCAUUGUGCCGUGUAUAUUGUACAUUGAGAGCCUUGGCGGCGGCGGCGGCGUGGGAUUGUGUGCGGGCGCUGCGGGUCUCUAGUGUGGGUGUCUGUACUUUUGUGUGUGUGUCUGUGUGUGUGUGGGGGGGGGGGUUGGAUUUGGUUUGCUCUGCAGCAUGUGACUCACUGCAGUUUGUGUGUGUUUCACCCACAAUGCCUGUAACUGUGCCUACAGCACUGAGCGUAUGAAUUGUGAGCUGCAGUGUGUGUGAUGAGUCCCAUUUAGUGUUGCGGCGGCUGCAGGCGUAUCUAUCCCCCCCCCCUCAGGUUGGUGUGGCUGCAGCGUCUGUACCCCCCCCCCUCUCUGUGUGUUAGGGUGCAUGUGUGUGUGUGUUUGCAGCGUACAUGUCGUGAGCGACCCAUGUGACCCCACUCACCUGUGCGCACUGUGACGUCACGCACCCACACGCCUGACAUCAUGGCGUCGGACCCACCGGCUCGGAGUUUGGAUGACAUCGACCUGUCUGCGCUAAGGGAUCCCGCUGGAAUAUUUGAACUCGUUGAAGUUGUUGGAAAUGGAACAUACGGACAGGUGUAUAAGGGCCGCCAUGUCAAGACUGGGCAGCUGGCCGCUAUCAAGGUCAUGGAUGUCACAGAGGACGAGGAAGAGGAGAUUAAACAGGAGAUUAAUAUGCUGAAGAAGUACUCUCAUCAUCGAAACAUUGCAACCUACUACGGAGCUUUCAUCAAGAAGAGCCCGCCGGGCAAUGACGACCAGCUGUGGCUGGUCAUGGAGUUCUGCGGAGCCGGCUCAGUAACAGAUCUAGUGAAAAACACCAAAGGAAAUGCCCUGAAGGAAGACUGCAUCGCCUACAUCUGCAGGGAGAUUCUGCGGGGGCUGUCCCACCUACAUGCUCACAAAGUGAUACACAGAGACAUCAAGGGGCAGAAUGUCCUUCUCACAGAGAAUGCAGAGGUGAAACUCGUGGACUUUGGUGUGAGCGCCCAGCUCGACCGCACAGUGGGGAGAAGAAAUACUUUCAUAGGGACCCCAUACUGGAUGGCCCCUGAGGUGAUUGCCUGCGAUGAGAAUCCAGAUGCCACCUAUGAUUACAGGAGUGACAUCUGGUCGCUGGGAAUCACAGCUAUAGAAAUGGCCGAGGGAGCCCCACCACUCUGCGACAUGCACCCAAUGAGAGCUCUCUUCCUUAUCCCCAGGAAUCCACCCCCAAAACUCAAGUCCAAAAAGUGGUCCAAAAAGUUCAUUGACUUCAUUGACACCUGUCUGAUCAAGAACUACAUGAGCCGGCCACCCACCGAGCAGCUGCUGAAGCACCCCUUUAUCAAGGACCAGCCGACGGAGAGGCAGGUCCGGAUCCAGCUGAAAGAUCACAUAGACAGAUCUAGGAAAAAGCGAGGUGAGAAAGAUGAGACAGAGUAUGAAUACAGUGGCAGUGAGGAUGAGGAGGAGAACCACGGAGAGGAAGGAGAACCAAGUUCCAUAAUGAACGUGCCGGGGGAAUCCACUCUGAGACGCGAGUUCCUGAGGCUGCAGCAGGAGAACAAAAGUAACUCAGAAGCCCUAAAGCAGCAGCAGAUAGGCGCCCAGCACCGUGACUCCGAGGCACAUAUCAAGCAGCUGCUCCAUGAGAGGCAGAGGCGCAUAGAGGAGCAAAAGGAAGAGCGCCGGCGAGUGGAAGAGCAACAGCGGCGGGAGAGAGAGCAGAGGAAGCAGCAGGAGAAGGAGCAGCAAAGGCGCCGCGAUGACUUACGGCGGGAGGAAGAGAGGAGGAUGGCAGAGAGAGAGCAGGAAUAUAUCAGGCACAAGUUAGAGGAAGAACAGAGGCAGUUAGAAAUCCUUCAGCAGCAGCUUCUGCAGGAGCAGGCACUCUUACUGGAAUACAAGCGGAAGCAGCUGGAGGAGCAGAGACAGUCAGAGAGACUGCAGAGACAGCUUCAGCAGGAACACGCUUAUCUCAAGUCUCUGCAGCAGCAGCAACAGCAACAACAGAAGCAGCAACAGCAGCAGCAGCAGGAUAAGAAGCCGCUGUACCAUUACAACCGGGGGGUAAUGAACCCCAGUGAGAAGCCGGCCUGGGCUAGAGAGGUGGAGGAGCGUUCGAGGCUCAACAAGCAGAGUUCCCCCCUCUCCAUUACUAAGCUCAGCUCGGUGGAGUCUACUGGAAACCCGUCGCAAACCCCACCCUCCCAGCGGCCUCCAGAAAUACAGGAGCACAAGCCACUACGCAUUACUUCUCAGAACCGUGCUGCUCUCAGGCCAGCUCCCCGGCCCAACUCCUUGCAGGACCCAAUGGCACCCCCUGUCCGUCAUGCUCCUGUUCCCCUUCCUGCCAACCGGAAUCACCUUUCCCGCCAGAGCUCUGACCCAUCCCCUGAUGGGGUGCCACCCUCUUCCCGUCUAGAGAGGGGACCCUGGGUGAAAAAGGAGGCAGAGGUGCACCCUCCCAAGGUUCCCCAGAGAACAACGUCCAUUGCCACGGCCCUGAAUACGAGUGGUUCUGGGGGCAGCAGGCCGGUGCAGGCUGUGAGAGCCAGUAACCCGGACCUGCGACGGGCAGAGAGCGGCUGGGAGAGAGGAGACUCUUUGCUGCAGUCCCCCCACCCUAACCUGCCCCAGGCUGGCUCCCUCGAGAGGAACCGCAUAGCCCCCCACAAGCUGGAGGAAUCCUCUAUUAGCCCUCCAGGGAGCAAAACCCCAGGAGAAGAGCAUCGAUCCCGCCCUGGGCGCCCAGCAAGCUAUAAGAGAGCCAUAGGAGAGGAUCACCUCCUGGUGAAGGACCGGCCCGAAGAUGUGCCCAAACCCCCUAAGAAAGCGUUGGACUACUCUUCCUCCAGCGAUGAACUGGACAGCAGUGAUGAAGAGGAAGAGGAGGGGGAUGCUGAGAGACAGGAGCCCAACAGGGACAGCUCAGGAGCCAGUCGCAGCGGGCGAGACGCAGAUACAGACAGCGUCAGCACCAUGGUGGUUCAUGAUGUGGAGGAGCUGAUGGGGAGCACGUCUGACAGUUCCUACGGCGACGGCACCAUGGUGGUUCAGAGAACGCCGGAGGAGGAGCGCAGUCUCCUUCAUGCUGACAGUAACGGAUAUACCAACCUGCCCGACGUGGUGCAACCGAGCCAUUCUCCCACCGAGCCCAAGGGACAGAGCACUUCUCCCAGCAAGGAGGGCGGCGGCUCUGAUUACCAGUCUCGCGGGUUGGUGAAAGCCCCUCCCAAAACCUCAUUUACAAUGUUUGUGGACCUGGGACUGUAUCAGUCGUCGGGGGGAGGAGGAGACACCAUUCCGGUGGCAGCGGCGUACGUGAGCGGAGACCCCGCCCGACUGGAGCAGCUGAAAUACGAAGCCCGUAAGGGAUCUGUCGUCAAUGUAAAUCCGACCAAUACGAGGCCGCACAGCGACACGCCGGAGAUCCGCAAGUACAAGAAGAGAUUCAACUCGGAAAUCCUUUGCGCCGCUCUCUGGGGUGUGAACCUAUUGGUCGGCACUGAGAAUGGACUGAUGCUACUGGACCGCAGUGGGCAGGGCAAAGUAUACACCCUAAUUACCCGCCGGCGCUUCCAGCAGAUGGACGUCCUUGAGGGGCUCAACUUGCUCAUUACUAUAAGUGGUAAGAGGAACAAGCUGCGGGUGUAUUAUCUCUCCUGGCUGCGCAACAAGAUCCUUCAUAACGACCCCGAGGUGGAGAAGAAGCAGGGCUGGAGCACCGUGGGGGACAUGGACGGCUGCGUGCAUUACAAAGUCGUAAAAUACGAGCGAAUCAAAUUCCUCGUGAUUGCACUGAAAAACUCCGUCGAGGUUUACGCCUGGGCGCCCAAACCCUACCACAAGUUUAUGGCUUUUAAGUCGUUUACAGAUAUCCCCCACCGGCCCCAGCUGGUCGACCUAACGGUGGAGGAAGGCCAGAGGCUCAAGGUCAUCUACGGUUCCUCGUCGGGAUUCCACGCCGUGGAUGUCGACUCCGGGAACAACUAUGAUAUUUACAUCCCUGUCCAUAUCCAGAGCCAGAUUAACCCCCACGCCAUCAUCUUUCUGCCAAACACGGACGGCAUGGAGAUGUUACUGUGCUACGAGGACGAGGGGGUCUACGUCAACACCUACGGGCGCAUCAUUAAAGACGUGGUGUUGCAGUGGGGAGAGAUGCCCACGUCUGUCGCCUAUAUCUGCUCCAAUCAGAUCAUGGGCUGGGGGGAGAAGGCCAUAGAAAUCCGCUCGGUGGAGACGGGGCACCUGGACGGGGUCUUCAUGCACAAGAGAGCUCAGCGGCUGAAGUUCCUGUGUGAGCGCAACGACAAGGUGUUCUUUGCCUCGGUGCGUUCGGGCGGGAGCAGCCAGGUUUACUUCAUGACCCUGAAUCGCAGCUGCAUCAUGAACUGGUGAGAAGCCGCAGCCUGUACGGCCGGACGUGCCCGAGAGCCCCCCCACCAUACCCUACACACUGGAGCCCCGCCCCCUCGUCUUCUCCAAGUGCCCCCCAUGCUUCUCACUCCAGACUACAGUGCCUCUCGUUUCGCUUUUAGUUUGGCUGCGUUUUAAUUUAUUGGGGGGGGUUCUCUAACACUAAACACCCCCAAGCCCCCCGCACACACCUCCAGUCAUGGACGGACAGAGGGUACAAUGAGGGCAGAGAUGGACUGGGUAUUAGUGUAUUGCCCUGGGUUCGGGGGACGUGACUCUUUAGAGUGUUCCAAUCAGCAACUAGAAACCCCACAUCAUUGGGGGUCAGCUGCUAGGCACGUAGGCCCCCCACUGAGCUGGGCGACGACAGAUUUGCACACACAGAUUCCUAUGAGCGAAUAGGGUCAGAGCGCUUACGUCAUGCAAUUAACUAGGACACUUUGAGAUUCCCAUAAUCAAGGCACUUUAUCAGCUGUAUAAUUACUAGCAGGGGCGGGGCCUGGGGUAAAGCGUCUCCUUUACCCCGGCGCCCCCCUCUCUCCUCCUUUAGCUUUAAGUGGCGUGUUUCUUACCUUCAGUUUGUCUAACGUGGCGGCUCCGUUCUGGAGAAACACGGACAUUGGCACCUUGCUCUUUCUGCCUCCUUCUACAUCCGCUUGUAAUUGGGGGGUUCAAAAAAAGUGUGUUGGGGUGUCGCCUUGUGGUGCUACGUCGCUGUGUGUUGUUGGGGGGGUACAAUUGCACACCCAGACUUCCGUUAGUAUGGGACGGGCAUUGAACAAGGUCAUACGGAAACAACAGGGCUUUAAUGGCCCCCAGACCCCUCAAAAGAUUUAGCCAUUUAGGGGGGUACAGGGCCCAAGCGCCUUUCGGGGAGGGGGGGGGCAUGGAAACGGUUAAACUAACACAUCAAGUUGCAUACUCCAUGCUGCUCUGUGAGAGCGAGGUUAGUGGCGCCGCCCUAUGGGUGAAGCCGAAAGCCACAAAGAACAUUCAAGCCGAAAGCCACAAAGAACAUUCAAGCCGAGACUGAACCAAAACGACAACAAAAAAAAAAACAACCCCCAUGGCUUUUAUUUUACAAAUAAUCUUUUAUUCCCCCGGCAAUGAAAGCUGGUUGCACAGCGCUGCCAUACGGUAAAAAGCGACAAUCGCGGCGGCGUCCAACGACACGGGGACGGAAUCGUUAUUUUUGUAAAACUGACAGACGCCGAUUAAUAGGAGGUAAUCCAGAUAUUUUAUGUAGCAAAUUGUUAUAAAGGUCGGACGGGAAAGCGGAGGAACGGCGAAGAGGGUGAUGUUAUUGCUCUUCAAAUAAAAUUAUGUCUGCUACUAA